AUGUCGGAGAUCAGGAAGUGCAACCAGGUGUUGGUAGUUCCAGGAAAGCCUCCGCCCAUCGGCGGCAUUCGGCGAGCACUGUUCUCCCACAGGAACUGCCGCGGGGGCUCCCCAGACGACACCGGACCUGGGCCGGCCAGGAUGAAAUGUCCCCGGCAGCUGCGGCCUCCCCUGGGCCUUGCUCUGGCCGUGGGCGCCUUCGCUUUCCUCCUCCUGUUCGAUCUGCACCGGCGGCCCUCCACCUGCGCGGUCUCGGAGAAGCCGCGGGCGACCCGCAAGACUCCGGCCUGGCCCACGCCGCCCGCCCGCCCGCGCCCGGCCCGGUGCCAGCCCAACAGCUCUGUGGCCGCGCACCCGGACUUCGCGCGCCAGCCGCUGCGCGUCCGCGACUUCCUGCUGCACAGGCACUGCCGCGAGUUCCCGCUGCUGCAGGACGCGCCGCCCGCCAAGUGCGCGGGGCCCGUCUUCCUGCUGCUGGCCAUCAAGUCCUCGCCCGGCAACUACGAGCGCCGCGAGCUGGUGCGGCGCACGUGGGGCCGCGAGCGCCGGGUGCGGGGCCUGCAGCUGCGCCGCCUGUUCCUGGUGGGCACGGCCGCCGACCCCCUCCAGGCCCCCAAGGUCAACCGGCUGCUGGAGAUGGAGGCGCGCACGCACGGGGACAUCCUGCAGUGGGACUUCCACGACUCCUUCUUCAACCUCACGCUCAAGCAGGUGCUGUUCCUACAGUGGCAGGAGACAAGGUGCGCCAACGCCAGCUUCAUGCUCAACGGGGACGACGAUGUCUUUGCACACACGGACAACAUGGUCUCUUACCUGCAGGGCUGUGACCCGGGCCACCACCUCUUUGUCGGCCAUCUGAUCCAGAACGUGGGCCCCAUCCGGGCUCAGUGGAGCAAGUACUAUGUGCCACGGGUGGUGACUCAGGAGGAGCACUACCCACCCUACUGUGGGGGCGGGGGCUUCCUGCUGUCCCGCUUCACGGCUGCCGCCCUGCGCCGGGCCAUCCGUGUCUUGGACCUCUUCCCCAUUGACGACGUCUUCCUGGGGAUGUGCCUGAAGCACGAGGGGCUGAAGCCCGCCUCACACAGCGGCAUCCGCACAGCCGGCGUGCUGGCCCCCUCUCAACGCCUGUCUUCCUUUGACCCCUGCUUCUACCGGGAGCUGCUGCUGGUGCACCGCUUCCUGCCAUAUGAGAUGCUGCUCAUGUGGGAUGCGCUGAACCAGCCGGACCUCGCCUGCGGCAAACGGACACAGGUCUACUGAGGCAGCCUCGGGGUCUCCAGCCUCUGGGCUUCUGUCUCCACCCCCAUAUGGAGGGGCAGCACCUUCCUCCCGGGAAG